UCAUUCAUAAAAUAAUGCACAAAAUUUUUAAAAUAAAAUAUUUAUAAUGUUAACUAAAAUGGCUAGUCAUAUUUUUCGGAGAAGUAAUUUAAAGCUUUAUUUCAACGCUGAUAGCAUUUAUCGGAGAUAUAAUGUAAUUGCUUCUGUCAUUAAAGAGGCAAAUGUUGGUGAAGUAACUGAAGUUAAGGGAUGGGUGAAAAACUUGCGAGUUCAAAAAGAACUUGUAUUUGCCGACAUAAGCGAUGGUUCAUGUGCGAAGAGAUUGCAAAUUGUUAUUCCAAAGCACUUAAAAACAGACGAUUUGACGUAUGGGAGUUCGGUACGUGUAGUUGGAAAACUAUCCAAGAGCCCUAGAGGUCAGUUAGAGUUGGCAGCAGAGGAUGUAAAAGUGUUUGGUGAAUGUGUUGUCUUGGAAGGAUACCCAUUCAAUCCAAGAACUGCACAUUCUCCUGAAUACAUUCGUCAAUACUUGCAUUUACGUUGUAGAACUAAUUACACUUCAGCAUUAUUAAGGAUACGAAAUGCAGUAUCAAAGCAUAUACAUAAUUAUUUUGAUACUAAAAAAUAUCUACACAUUCAUACCCCUAUUUUAACUUCAAAUGACUGUGAAGGGGCUGGUGAAGUGUUUAAAGUGUUACCUGAUAAUAGAGAUACAAUAAAAGCAAUGAUGCAACAAGAUAAAAAUGUUGAUAAUGUUUAUUUUGGUUCAAAAACAUUUUUGACAGUAUCUGGGCAACUUCAUUUAGAAGCCAUGUGUAGAGGGCUUGGCAAUGUAUACACAUUAGGUCCAACAUUCAGAGCAGAGAAUUCAAGAUCAAGAUUGCAUUUAUCUGAAUUUUACAUGUUAGAAGCAGAACUAGCAUUCUGUGAGAAUUUAGAAAACUUACAAAGUUCUAUUGAGGAUUUAUUAAAAUAUAUUUUUAUUGAAACAAGAAAUACAAAUGAAGAUGAUUUAUAUUUGAUAGAUAAAGAGAAAAAUAAACCUCCAAUUUGGUUGGAUAAGAAGUUUGUAACAAUGACAUACACGGAGGCAAAAGAUAUACUCAAGAGAAAAGGCUUGCAGGAUACGGAGGAUGGAAUAAACAAAGAACAAGAGCUUGCAUUAGUUGCUCAUUGUGAUAAUGUUCCAGUGUUUGUUGUAAGAUGGCCGAAGGAACAGAAAUCUUUUUAUAUGAAGGAGUCACAAGACAAUAUUAAUGUUGAGGCAUUAGAUCUUUUAGCACCAAUAACCGGAGAAAUAGUUGGUGGUAGUCUCAGAGAAGACGAUUAUAACAAAUUAAAGUUGAAAUUACCUUCGGAAGCUUUAAAUUGGUAUUUAGAGUUGAGGAAAUUUGGGAACAUACCAACCGGUGGGUACGGAUUGGGUUUGGAACGUUUAUUACAAGUACUAUGCAAUGUACCAAAUAUAAAAGACACUUUGCCAUUCCCACGAUGGCCCCACAACUGUGAUAUGUAGAUAUAAGUAGAAAAUGUUACACUUUUAAAUUGAAUUA